UUAAUAAAUUAAUGGAAGGAGAAAGAGGGUUGUUGCCGCCGAUUUAUGAUCAUCAUCAUCAUCUGCAGAUUUCUUUCUCUGCUCACCAUCAAGAAAUGGGGUUUGUACACUUCGAAGAAGAAGAUCAUCAUAACCAAGUUCUCAGCUUCUUGGUGGCGCCGCCACCACCACCACCACCCUCUCAGCAGCUCCACGGCGGCGCUAAUAAGCCAACCACCACCACAAAUUAUAAUAAUAAUGGUUCCUUAGGGUUUAAUAAUAAUCAUCAUAGUGAACUUGUAAAUAGACCCUCAUGGAAUAACGACCAACCGGUGGGAGGUGGAGCAGUGGAUCCGAAAGCAGCUAAUGAUGAUGAAAAUUGCAGUGCUAACACAAACCAAGCUGCUGCUCCCAAUUAUAAUUCAUGGUGGAGGAAUUCAUCAUCGGCAUCGGGGGGUUCGUCGUCGGCGACGGAGAAGAACAAGGUGAAGAUAAGGAGAAAACUAAGAGAGCCUAGGUUUUGUUUUCAGACAAGGAGUGAUGUUGAUGUUCUUGAAGAUGGCUAUAAAUGGAGGAAAUAUGGCCAAAAAGUUGUCAAGAACAGUCUUCAUCCCAGGAGUUACUACAGAUGUACGCAUAGUAAUUGUAGAGUUAAGAAAAGGGUGGAGAGAUUAUCGGAGGAUUGUCGGAUGGUAAUAACAACUUACGAAGGCAGACACAACCACUCUCCUUGCGACGACUCCAACUCUUCCGAACAAGACUGUUUCACCACUUUCUAGUUUAUAUAUAUUAAACCUCGUCGUCGUCGAUCCGUUUCUUCAUAUAUACAAGGAACAAUAUUGAUAUAUUAUAUGUCAGUCAAAAAUAUUUUGUUGGUAUAUGUAAAUGCAAGAGUGUGAAUUAUUUGAGCACUUAAAAAUUUAGUUUCUUAAUUAA